AUGGAAUUGGCUGAAAAUAAGGCUCAGAUUAUGCAAAAUCACCAGUGCAUAAAUAUCGCAGAGACUGGUAAAUUUGUUUGUUCAGCUGGUUGGCAAGGAUGGGGUUGUGAAGAUGGAGAAGCUGCUCAGGGCUGGGACACUGUCAUCACUGGACUGUGUUUGCUUACCCUUAGCAACAUAUUCUUCUUGCCUCCUACUAUUAUAGCUGCACGCAGACACUUGUACUCACAAGCUCUUUUAUUCACAGCUACCAUGAUAGCAUCAAUAUUCUACCAUGCUUGUGACAAUGAAGUGGUUGCGUAUUGUGUGACCAAAUAUGAGGUGCUUCAGUUUACAGACUUCUUCUUCUCACUGCUUUGUUUUUGGGUCACAGUUGUUGGUCUUGGUGGCAUUGAUGAAGCCUUUUGUCCACUGUUACAUACUUUGGGAGUUGUUAUUAUUGCUCCAGCCGUCCAAUACAGCCGCACAGCCCUUGCAUCAUUUACCGUACCCAUGGCUUUUGCAACUGCUGUACCA